AUGCGACAGCCGGCAUGCCCAAAGCGGCGGUGGGGCCAUGAGCUUAUCUCUGCAACGGCGCCUGCAUCGGCACCGGUGGAAUGCAGCGUGGAGAACCAAGAUUCUCGUAAGAAUGCGGACGACAUUGGUAACCUACCUUGCACUGCGACUCCAGUCAGGCCCUGCCCUAAACGGGGAGUUUCCAGGAACGGGUACCGCGGAGAAUCAAUAAUUAAUAUAAGACCUUCCAGAUAG